AAUGAACAUCUUUUUGUCCAUUAGCAGUUGGUAGAUAAUGGUAUUAUAUCAUGAGACGUAAUUUGAUAUGCUAGUUCCGUUAGAUGGGAACACUAUCUGCUUCGUUGUAUAUACAAGUUUCCGGUGAACCAAAAUAAGAAGAGAAACCUUUGUUUGAGUUAAUGAAUUAAAAACUAUUUGAAAGUGAUCUGUGGAACAGUAUAAUUCAGAGAGAUGAGGACGGAAGUUACAGAGUCACAACCUUUCAAAAACUUAAAAGAAUUAUUCGAUAACGUGGGUAACUUGAAACCAUGACCGGAAAUUGAAUAACUACGAGAUUCAAUUGAUCAUGUGUACAGUGGUUUAGAAAUAAGCGCGGAAAGAACGCAGUUAGAAAAAUUGGAUAGAGAAGUACAUCCUAAAACGUUGCUUUGUCAUGAUAUGAAAGGUGGCUGCCUAGAAGACAGAUUUAUAUAUGGAUCAGAAUCUUAUGAUUCUUACCUAUUUUAUCACUGGAGUGUUAUUGACACGUUUGUGUAUUUUAGUCAUCAUUUCAUAACUGUGCCCCCUUUUGGAUGGAUUAAUGUAGCACAUAAUCAUGGUGUAAAAGUUCUUGGUACUGUAAUUACGGAAAGAGAAGGUAUCUGGGAUGUUAUACUUGAAUCUCAGGAAGAAGUAAGAAGAUUUGCAGAUGCACUAAUACUUGUUGCAAAAUUUUAUAAGUUUGAUUGCUGGUUAUUAAAUAUUGAAAAUACCAUUAAAAGUGAGCAAGUUAAUAAUGUAAUUUAUUUUGUAAAAUAUCUGACAGAAAAUAUUCAUGAAGCAAUUAGAAAUUCUGAAAUUAUAUGGUACGAUAGCGUAACCAAUGAAGGAAAAUUAAAUUGGCAAAAUGAGCUUAAUAGUAAAAACAUAUAUUUCUUUUUAAACUGCGAUGGCAUUUACUUGAAUUAUAACUGGACGAAAUCACAAUUGGAAAACAGUUUGGCACUUGCAAAAAAUCACGGCAGAGAUAUUCAUGAUAUUUAUGUAGGACUUGAUAUUUGGGGAAGAGGUUGUCCUAGUGGUGGUGGAUUUAAUUCAACAUAUGCUUUACAAAAAAUACGACACUAAGGACUUUCUGUUGCGCUUUUUGGUCCAGGUUGGACUCACGAAUUUUUCGUAUCUAAGACAUUCCAAGAAAUAGAAGAUCUAUUUUGGGCACAGUUGUUUCCUUAUUUAUAUGUUCAUGUACCUAUCUACGAAGAAGAAGUAUUCAAAACAUCAUUUUGCUGUGGUAGUGGUAGCUUGUAUUAUCGCUGUGGUCAGGCACUAUAUGAAAAGGAUGGAAAAAGAUUUAGACACAAACCAUUUUACAAUUUAUCCCUGCAAAAUCCACAAAUUUCAGUACCUAUACCGCACAUGAAAUUUACAUCAUCGCCUCAACUUCCAGAACCGAAAAGUGAAAACGAUCGAAAUGAGUGUUCGAAAGAACCGAUACAAUAUGUUUAUGAAACAAGGAAGAAUGUUAUUCGAGUAUUAAAAAAUCAUAUCACAGACUAUUUCUCGUUCACAUCGAAUUUCAACAAGACAUUGUAGCAAUCAUUGCUUAUAAAGAAAUGGAGUCGUCCAUAGCAAACGGAAGUCAACACGAACCAAUACUAGUUCUCGGCAAUAAUACCGGCUUAAAAUCCAUCAUUCAUUAUAAAUCAAGGGAUUUGGUUGCCAACUGGAAAAGAUGGUAAGUCUACAAAAUAUAAAUUGAAAUAUUUGUAACAUAAAAAACAAAAAAU